UAUCAUAUUUGACUUUUAGACAAUAGAAGCGGCGACCAGGCCAGGAAAUUUAAAUAUGGAACCAAUGGCCUUAGGCAGUCCAAGUGGUAGUCCGGCUACAAACCCAUAUUUGCCUUCAUUUCUAUUGGGUGAGCAACAGACCCCAUCCACGCCUCGCAACAAUACUCUUUCCCCGAACAAGGCUGGUAAUAGGAAUCUUUCAUUCGGUUUUGCAACUUCGCCCGGAGCUUCAAACUCACCACAGCAAGACUAUAAUAGGUCAGGCUUGGGGCAAAAAACGCUAUUUGGUGGAUAUCAGCAAACACCUCCCAUUCAACAAAACUCGAAUUUUCCCGGCACCCCAAUGCAAAGUCACAAUACCAGCAUUUCAGGGCCACCAACGCAGGGACUUUUCGAUUCUUUGCGUAAUGAACGUAAUCAGGUGCAAACGCCAACGAGAUCAUUGCAGCCUCAAUCUCAAUUAGGUACUCCCAUUAUUGGCAACCAUAAUGCCAGUAUUGCUUCUACCUAUGCCCUAAAUCAAAGUAUUCAACAACAAAUGGCCAAUGUCACGGGGCAGUUUAACGAUUCGUACAACAAUGCUUCCUUUAAUACAUCCAGGGCUGGCAUUAUGUCGCCUAUGCUGCCAGGAGCUCCAGUAAAUAAUUCGCAAUUGUUACAGUGCCCGCCACAACCUCGUUAUACCGAAUUUUGGAUAACUGUGUUUGGAUUUCCCUCGAGCGCUACAGCUGUAGUUUUGCAGCACUUUGCACAAUGUGGAACAAUCGUGGACAAAGUCUUUCCUUCCCAAAAUGGCAAUUGGGUGCACUUGAAGUAUUCCUCUAGGCUUGAGUGUGAUAAAGCCCUCAACUAUAAUGAGAAGAUAUUAUCCAAUAACAUAAUGAUUGGGGUCACACAAUGUAAAGAUAAAGCUAUAAUUGAUAAAGAAAAUAUUUGUGAAAAUAAUGGCCAACAAAAUGUGAAAAUUCGUCCAUUAGCCCAGACGGCAUAUAAAAGCGCUCAGAAUGACACAUCGGUUGUCUCAAAUCCCAACGCCCCACAGAAGAGUUCGGGAAUCAUGAACAAAGCAAUGGAUUUAUUUUUUGGUUGGUAAUGAUCGAAAAAAUAAAUUCAAUCAACUUAUGCGUAGAUCACAUUCUUUGUUUAAAAUAAA